AUGAACUCGCCCGCGCUAUCCAUCACGAGCGACAUGACGGACGAAGAACUGGACAAGUACUUUGCGAGUUAUGUUCCUCUGUCGAACCUGCCCACGCCUCCGCCAGCAAAGGAGCCCACACCCGCCCGACCAUCGACACCAUCAUCACCGCAAACAUCACAGGCCUCAACACAGUCAUACGACAUCAUUCCUCCGCAAAACGAAGUAUACGCAAUCCACCUCGCCAACCUUGUGCCACUCAACGUAUCCACCCACCGGCCCCAUCCAUCAGUUAUCCAGGGUUUCCUUGACCGCGCAGAGCUUCCUGAAGAGAUUGUUGCCUUUUCGGCUUGUAUACUGGAUGCCUUGACGAACCGGUUUGCUACUACGUGGCGGGAUGCUUUGGCACCAGGGGACCAGAUGAGCGACGGCAACGACUUCCGUAAACUGGAUCCGCGACAGACUCUCCACGUUAGCCCCGACGUCGUUGUCCUGGCCGCCCUUUCCCUCGCACAUGGUUUUCUCGUUGAUCGAAUGAGGUCUUCGCGGCACUGGAGCAUCAAGGAGAGCCGGGCCGCCUUUACAGUGCGAGAGAUUGAAGCGACUAAGAGAGCCAUGUUGCAGGACAUGGACUAUGGCCUAUCCCGCAUUUCCAACGAUAGAGUGCAGCGGAGGCUGAAGAACAUGCAGCGAGCCAACAAAGUUCCUGCACACACUUCGACGCCAAGCACAACUCUCCCAAAGGACCGUCGACGCAACGUCUCGCUCAGUCUGCAAGGAGCAGCCAUCUGGCAGUUUGGUGUGCAAACCCCCGAGCCCAGCCCUUGA